CGUGACAAAGAUGGCGUUCAUUGAUAAGGAUGCAUGGAACAUGGAAUCAAACUGGAAAUGUGAAUUACACAAACGUGACAUGGAAUGGAAUUUUCUUGGAGGUACUAGAUAGAAGUUUAUCGUAGCCAAUGCAUCAAAUUUUGUACAACAGAAUUAACACGUGGAAAUUUAAACAGAAGGACAGUCGUGACCUAUUUUUUCGUAAAAUGAGCCAUGUUCGCCCAGGUUCUCACAGUUUCUGUCCUGAUAGCUUCGGUGGUUAUUGCUAAGGAAUUAGGUUGGAUGAAAUGGGACAAAUUUGAUGAGCUGGAUUUGCAGUUUCGAAGUAUGACAGGAGAAAACUGCAGAUCAAAGAGCAUCAAUGAAUUAAUCAUGCCUGAAAAUGUUGUAACUCAAAUUCCAAAAUAUAACGAUUUACGCACCAAAGUGUUCUACAAAAACCGGACAAACCUCAUACAUCUGCAUAAUAUGGCCCUAAACAGAGCUUAUUUUUUUAGUUACAUUUUCCAAAGAAUGAACACCUCUGAAACUUUUAGAACGUUGCCAGAUUUGCAUUACAUACACCUGUCAGUUGCUGCCGACCUCAAUGCAAAUCCAACUGUAAUCAAUGGAAGUGCUCUGUAUUUCGAUAUCGAUUGUUAUUAUCCCAAUUGGCUGACCAACUACGAUAUAAAUCGUACCCUUCCAUUGUUUGCACCUCGAGCAUGGCGAUGGGAUGAUACUUUCGACAUGGACAAUCACCUGAGAGAACCAACUCUGGACACACUUUUCGUAUUAGAUGCUGGCAGUGGUUUUAAUAAGAAUUAUACGAAAAAGGGAUUCCGAAUGAACCCCUGGUAUGAUUUCUGGCUACCUGACACACAACCCAUUUAUGAUUCAACAUACAAAUUUACUUGGAGUGUAAAUCUGAAGUUUUCCAAUAGUACUGGUGUCUUUACACAAAACACAUUUGAAGGAUUUAACUUCUUUGGGCCAAAUAACCCUGGAACUAAUGAUCCGAUAGAAAAGCAACCCGUUCGUUUUACCAGACCGUAUUUUGAUUGUGGACGAUCUAACAAAUGGGUGGUAUCUGCAGUGUCUCCAAUAGCAGACUUUAUGCCUCGAUACAGCAAUUGGACUCACCUCAGACGACCAAGAUUCAUUGGUGCUGUGGUGAUGGACACAGAUUUUGAGAAAAUAGAUUUUAAUCCUUGUGGAAUAAGUGUCGGCAAUCCAGGACCAAGUUAUCUGGCAGGAAUUCACAAAUGCAAGGCGCACUCAGGGUGCAAGCACCGUGGUGGUUUUGGUUUUCGAAGAGGGAGUUAUAGAUGUAAAUGUCGAGCAGGUUACAGGUAUUCAAACGAAUUAGAAAAGCCUUAUAUGGGUUCUGAUAUAGAAGAGUCUACAUGGACAGAGUACCAACAAGGCUUCAAUUGUACUCCUAUUGAUCAUCUAAACGUUUUACCGGCUAUUGAUGCAAUAGAUAGUGUUUCUAUUGAAUUUUUCAACGAGGAAUACAAUACUGGUGCCAUUAAAUCAAGAUCAUUGAAAUCCAUAACUAUUCCAAAAUCAACACAACUCAAAACAAGAAGCAGCAGAAAACGUAAUAAGAGGUCGCAUAAAGACAGACCUCUAUUUGAUCCAUUAGCUUAUGAGAGGGUUAUAAAAAUAUACCGUCAGAAAUCCAUGGUGACAGGGUCAAACUGUCAAAGCCUACCCCCUUCUACUUUGAUUUUACCCGGUGACGUAGGCUAUGGAGUAGAUACACAAUUUAAAUACCAGGCCAACACGGCCCUCCGACUGAGCCAUUUCCUGUCUGCUUAUCUUCAGACCAUGGAGGAUAUGGAUUCUUUCGGGCAUAUUCGAGGAGGAUCUCGUCUUCAUGCUGAACACUUGUUCGGAGAAGUUUUGGCUAAUGUAAUGGCCGAUUACAAAAUAUUAUCGAGUGGUAUAUUUUACGAACCCUAUAGUUUCCGAAGUCCCAAUGAAUCAUUUCGUGAAUUCUUUGGUCCGUAUGCAUACAGACACAAGAAUGAAUUUUAUGCUAUUGAUACCGCUGGACUAAAUACUCGUUAUACAUCAGAGCUAUGGUACAGAGAAAUGAAGUUCCGGUGGAAUACCAACACAGAUCAUCUACAAACUUUCAAUAUCCGCUCUAUGGUGCGUUCAGAUAUUAACGGCUCCAGUUCUGUGCGGCACGAACAUUUUCCCCUGACCUACAAAGCUCCUACAGUGGAUCAGGGUCUUUGGAUGCCGCCCAAGUUUAAAUGUGACGGUAAAAUAGACUCUUGGGUUAUGACGUAUGUUGUACCAUUUUUUCGCCGUAUAAAACUGUCAGGAAAAGUGCAGUUUUCGGGAGUGGUGACUGUUGAUGUUCCGCUAGACUUGUUGGAGAUAAAUCCAUGUCCGCAGCCUUUUUAUGUCAACAAUGCAUUCAAAAACACAGCUAGGUGUCACACACAGUCUACAACUUGCCGCCGGAAACGAGGGUUCCGUUUCUCUCGCACGGCAUAUGCUUGUGACUGUAAACAGGGAUACGAGUAUCAGUUUAAGGACAAAAAACGAUGGAUAGCAGGUGCCCUGAUUGAGCUUGAGUAUCAGAAAAAAAUCAGAGGAUUAAUUAGCAGAUACGAUUCCCUGAGAUGCAGGAUAUCAUCUAGUCCAAAAUUAUCCUAUGAUUCUGUUAUCUUGGUGACUUGUUUAUUUUUUUUUCUUUUUUUAAUUUAAUAUAUGUAUAAUAUUACUAAAUACUCAUAUUAAUUUGUGCUAUUUGUUUCCCUUUUUUGAAUUCUAAGAAUUUAACUAAUAAAUGCAAUAAUUCAUUGCUUAUUUAUACAUUCCUCAUUAAUUUACCCUGUUUAAUGACAU